AUAAUUAACAAUAUUUACAACAAAAUACUAACUAACCCAUAUAUCUAAUAUAACCUACAAUUCCCCGUUGAUUUCUGGAUCUUCUUCGUCUUGUAGCUCUUUCUCCCAUUUUUAAGUCGAUAUUACCCUCUCGACUGGAGCUCACGAUCAAACCAGUAUCAUCUACCAAAGAAAUUAAAUUAAGCAAAUUUAGCACUUGACAAAUGGGGGAAUUGACAGCUGAGAAACACGUGAAAUACAUCAUAUCUGUUGAAAAGAGAAAGGAUGAUCUUCAAUCUGUGAUGAUGGAACAUAUUAGAAUGAAUGGUGCAUAUUGGGGGUUAACCACACUGGAUAUUCUUGGAAAGCUAGAUACUGUGGAUAUCAAUGAAGUUGUUUCGUGGGUCUUGAAAUGUCAGCACGAGUCAGGUGGUUUUUCUGGAAACAUUGGACAUGAUCCCCACAUACUUUACACCCUUAGUGCCGUCCAAGUCUUGGCCCUCUUUGACAAGUUGAGUGUUGUAGAUGUUGAUAAGGUGACAGAUUAUAUUGUUGGUUUGCAAAAUGAAGACGGUUCCUUUUCAGGAGAUAUUUGGGGUGAAGUAGAUUCAAGGUUUUCUUAUAUUGCAGUAUCUUGUCUGUCCUUAUUAAAUCAACUGGAAAAAAUUAAUGUAGAGAAGGCUGUGAACUACAUUGUUAGCUGCAAAAAUAUGGAUGGUGGAUUUGGAUGCACGCCUGGUGGAGAAUCUCACUCUGGACAAAUUUUCUGUUGUGUUGGUGCUCUUGCUAUAAUGGGUUCUCUACACCAUAUUGACAAGGAUCUUCUUGGCUGGUGGUUAUGUGAGCGGCAAGUCAAAUCUGGAGGUCUUAAUGGUCGACCUGAGAAACUUCCUGAUGUUUGCUACUCAUGGUGGGUUCUUUCUAGCUUGAUCAUGAUUGGCAGAGUUCACUGGAUUAAUAAGGAAAAACUCAUUAAGUUCAUCUUAGACUGUCAGGACACAGAAAAUGGUGGUAUUUCAGACAGACCGGAUGAUGCUGUUGAUGUCUAUCACACGUACUUCGGAAUAGCUGGCCUUUCACUUCUUGAAUAUCCAGGCCUGAAAGCCAUUGACCCAGCUUAUGCUUUACCAGUUGAUGUUGUGAACAGAAUUUUCUUGGGCAAAAAAUAGUAUCAUCCAUGGACUUGGGUCCGCACAUCUCAUUUGUGCAGAGAAAUCCAGAAUGGUGUUCAGGGGAAGAGAACAGAACAUCCAUUAAUGGGUGUUGUUGUGGACACCUAUUUGGUCUGAAGUUAGGGCAAUAAACAAUAAAUGGGCAGACUUGAGGUGGUAAGCUCCUGAAAGAGGUUUCCACUGACUUUGAGAGUGCCAUCAUCAUUAACCAUAGUAAGUCAUCAUCCCUUCGCCAUGCCCAUGCCUGUACUUACUCUCCUGCUUUACGCCAUCAUCCCCCACUUCCCAUCCUGUCUUCUUAAUCUGACACUACUCUUUCUUUUUACUCUUUUUGUUUCAUUGUCCACUUACACUCACCUCACUAAUUUUACUGGUCACUAAAGAUUACUGUAUUUUGUUGUCCGUAGUUAUUGAGUUUUAGCCUAAGCAUGUAAUGUUGACUAAAUUAUACAAAACACUCACAAACAUUGUACUUUGAACUUUUAAAAGUUUAAAAAAUCCUUAAACUUAAAAAAUUAAGACAUUUUCAUUAGUA